GAGAGAUCCGCCGCGAGUGCCCCCCCCCCCCCCCACCGUAUCGGUCGCCCGGAGAAGCAGCACCCGCCGCCGCCUAGUCGAUGGCGUCGCCGGAUGCCAGCCGCGGGCCGGCGCAGGGAGAGGAAGCCGCCUCCACCUCCCCGUGGCCUCUUCGGAAGCUCCAGAGCCUUACACCAGGGCUGUGGUCACAGUACAAAGCUUACGAGGAUGCAUUUGUGCAUAUGGCUAAAGGAACUGUUUCGGAUGCACUGGUUCUUGUGAACGAGCACCAGGCAGAGGCAAUUGGGUGUGCCACUGUGGCAGGAUUCAUCUUAUUGAGAGGUCCUCGGAGAUUUUUAUACCGCAAUACUCUGGGCCGUUUCAAAACUGAGAAGGAUUUACUGAAUGAUGCUGAGCAAAGUAUGAUGGAGUACAAGACAUCUAUCAAACAGUUGAAAAAGGAUUCAAAAUACACCCUAGACAAAAUAGCCAUUGGUGAAAGUGAUUUGCAGCGCGGUCAAACUGAUUUCAGGUCUACUGGUAAGCAGAUUCGAUCUCUUAUUAGUUCCAUUUACAAGGCUGAAUCCACUGCUACAGGUUUGAUGGAUCGACUCCGGACAAUUCCAACCAGACAAUCUCUUGAACUGCGAGCAGAGGUGGCUUCCAUGGCCUCUGAUUUGAAAGGCCAGAGAUAUGUCCUAGAAGAAAGGAUCAACAAAAUAUCUGAAUACGGUGUCCGCGUCUGAGCUUCAGUAUCCCUAUUUCCCAUGAUAGCACACAUUUUGUCCAUCCAGAUGGCAAUAAACUGAAUCACUGCAGGCGAUGCCGUUAUUGAUUUGAUCAGACCAGUAAUCUCUGGACUUUAAACCUAUUUUUGUAAGCAUUUUAAAUAGAAGAGCAAACAAAAUCACCCGCCAUAAGUCCAUAACCAUGCAUUUUAUGUCAUUUACUGUUUCUGUGUUGUGCAUUGUUCCCUCUGCUUCUGUGAUGCGUUUCCUGUAAACUACUAUAUUUCUGGCAUUUUGGUUGAAAAUAACUCUAAUUCCAAAGAACCAAGCAGGGCUCUUUUGGCUGGUUCUGUA